AUGAAUAAAUCAAAUAAGAUACAAAAGAAUACAACAAAAUCAUCUAAAUUUUCCAAGAACUCCAUAUCAUCAAUUAAUUUAGCAGAGCAAAAAAGAAAACAAGUUUUUAGACCAUUAUUAGAUAAUCCAUAUUCACAACGUCAUUGGCCAUACAUUGCAAAUCAGACUCAAAAUGAUAUACUUGAAUUAUUAAGAUCUUAUAUUAAACAUGAAGAAUAUAUAACAGGCUUUAAUAAAGUAGUUAAACAAUUAGAAUAUCAAGCACAACAUAAAAAAUUCUCUCCUAAUUCAAUAAGAUAUGUCAUUGUAUGUAAAAAAGAUAUUAAUAAUGUUUUAGCAGAUAUAUUUCCAUGUUUAUGUUUUAACGCAAAAGUUAAAUUGAUUCAAUUACCAAGAAAUUCUGCUGCUAAAUUAGGAACAUCUAUUAUUGGUUUAACUAAACAAGAAGGAGUCUUAUUUGAAAUAUUGGAUCGUCUUGAUGAUGUUGAAAUUCCAUGGUUGAGUAAUUUGAUAAAUAAUACAACUUCAUACAAUGAAUUAAAGAUACUAAAAUGA